GUCUGCUGCCUUGCCACGUUUCUCCCAUACAGUUUUAUUUAACGUAAAACAUACCUACUAUAUUAUCCACCGACUAAAGAAGGACAAAUUUCGUUUCAGUCAUUUGUAAAUUGUGAACAUCUGAACUGAAACUAAGCUUUUAAUGUUUGAAGUCUGAAAUCAAUUUUAAAAACAUGCAUAAUCUCAGAAAAAUGCAUCUAGAAUGUCCCAACCGCCAUUGCUGUCGAUUACCAUAUUUUGCGAAAGAUUUCUGUUCUGUAGGGAUGGGUAAGAAAAUGUGUGGCCUUGGAAUUUCUUAAACUGCAUCGUUCCUUCCUAUGGAAUUGCUCUCUAGGGAAAUAAAUGCCCAGAAGGUUAUUGUUUAUUUAAAUAUUAGCAGGAGUCUAAAAUGGCUUUCUUGGAUCAGCAGACCAAACAGUAGAACGGCGCACAGCUCAGCGUGCAGACCGACUGCAAACCUAGAUCUGCUGAAACCAUGACCCCUUUGUGGUAUUGGAUUGUACUGACAAUUUUUAGUUUGACCAUCAUGGCAUUGCAUACAGCCCACAUACAGCCCACAUACAAAUGGCCCAACUUGGCUGAAGAAGUCGAUCAGGUGCACGUGGAUUACAGUAUUUUAUCGGUCAGGUUACACAGUCUGAUUCUGUCUCCUUGAAGUCAUCUUGGACCACGUUAUAGGAGAAACUCGAACGUGAUCCAAUUCGAGAAUAAGCGAGUUUGUCCUGGAGCUGUACUUUGGGAUAACUCACAUCUACUUGCGUAUCGAUUGAGACAGACUAAAAGGGUAUGUAUCCAUCGACCUGCGCACUAGCUCCGGUUGCAGCCUGUACCGAUAUCAUAUCCAUCUCAACAUCUCAAGAACUGUGCUGCAGCUGCUGCGUCUACGUACUUUUCAACUCGGAUGUCUUUCACAGCAACAACAAACUUCAAGUUGACCCUAUAUACGUCACUAUCCACUCGUCCAAUUCAAGACAGGCCGCUUCGCAGACAUUGUCCCUCCUGAUUGAUAAUAAAUGAUGGCGUCCGGCUGGGUCUGGCUGUGUUUGCUACUGGCUGGCUGGACUAGUAACAACAGCAUGGCAGCCAAGAUCACUAACUUUACUAUCGGUGCUGUGUUGAAUGAUGACAGGCACGACACUCUCUUCCGUGAAGCUAUUACCGAACUUAACAGUGAUUUCACUCUGUUGCCAGUCAAUGCAACAUUGCAUAGCGCUUCCAUGCGACUAGAUCCCAAUCCUAUCCGUACAGCUUUGAAAAUGUGUAACUACCUGAUCGCCCAACAGGUGUACGCUGUUAUAGUUUCUCAUCCGGUAAAAGGAGAUCUUUCUCCUGCCACCAUUUCUUACACUGGUGGAUUCUAUCACAUUCCUAUUGUCGGAAUCAGUUCCAGAGAGGCGGCCUUUUCCGAUAAAAAUAUACAUGUUUCAUUCUUGAGAACGGUAGCCCCAUUCUUCCAUCAAGCGGACGUCUGGGCUGCCUUACUCCGCCAUUUUCAUUUUUGGCAAGUUAUGGUUAUCCACAGUGCUGAUGUGGAUGGUUAUACGCUCCUCAAUCGACUACAAACUCAAUUUCAGAGCAACGAUGACGAUGGAGAACAACGCGAAAUAAAAUUUGAAUUGACUAAAGAAUUCGUUCCGGAAUUAGAAGAUUUUAGCAAAGAAUUACAGGAGAUCAGUGAAGGUCAAUCAAGGGUAUACCUUGUCUACGCAAAUGCGGCGGAUGCAGCUGUGAUUUUUAGGGAUGCAGCCAAACUCAAUUUGACUGGAGCCGGUCACAUUUGGUUAGUGACUGAACAGGCCCUAGACGUACCGGGCGUUCCUAUUGGGGCGUUAGGUCUUCAACAAAUGCACGCCUCAAACGAAGCAGCUCACAUCCGUGACAGUUUGUAUUUAUUGUCAUCUGCUCUGAGGGAAAUGGAAGGCUCCGAAAAGGAUAUAACUGCGCCCCCGCAGGAUUGUAACAGCUCAGGAGCGGUAUGGGAGACGGGAAGAUUGUACUUUGAGUACAUCAAGAAACAGGUGCUAAAUGACGGGUUGACGGGCAAGAUUGCUUUUGACGAUAAUGGUGAUAGGCUCUUCUCUGAAUACGACAUCGUCAACGUUAAUCGUCCUCACGCCAAAACAAAAGUCGGCCAAUUUUUUUACUCCAAGUACCAAAACGUUUUGAAGUUGAAUGUCAACGACAGCGAAAUUGUUUGGCCGGGCGGAUUACGCCAGAAACCCGAAGGAUUUAUAAUCCCCACCUUUCUGAAGGUGAUGACGAUUGUAGAGCAACCAUUCGUUUACGCGCGUCGAAUCAACGAUCCUAGCGUUGAAGCCUGUAACGAUGGAGAAGUGGCUUGCCCUUGGUUCAACAACACGGCGGAAUCUUCAACUGAUCGAUUUUACUGUUGUCGAGGCUAUUGCAUCGAUCUACUUAAGGAACUGGCUAAAAAGAAUAAUUUUACUUACUCGCUAGCCUUGUCUCCUGACGGACAAUUCGGUAGUUUGUCUCCUAAGAACGGAACGGGCAAAAAGGAAUGGAAUGGACUCAUUGGUGAAUUAGUUGAAGAUCGGGCUGAUAUGAUUGUUGCCCCUUUGACAAUUAAUCCGGAACGGGCUCAAGUGAUUGAAUUCAGUAAACCGUUCAAAUAUCAAGGCAUUACUAUCCUGGAGAAGAAGCAACCAAAAUCAUCAACGUUGGUGUCGUUCUUGCAACCGUUCAGAGAUACGUUAUGGAUUUUGGUGAUGGUGUCUGUCCAUGUCGUUGCAUUGGUUCUCUACCUGCUGGAUCGAUUUUCACCUUUCGGUCGGUUCCGAUUGGCUAAUGCCGAGAAUACUGAGGAGGAUGCUUUGAAUUUAUCGUCAGCCAUUUGGUUUGCUUGGGGCGUUCUUUUGAAUUCUGGAAUCGGAGAAGGCACUCCAAGGAGUUUUUCAGCUCGCGUUCUGGGAAUGGUAUGGGCCGGGUUUGCGAUGAUCAUCGUUGCUUCUUACACUGCCAAUUUAGCAGCUUUCCUCGUCUUGGAUCGACCUAAAACGAGUCUCUCCGGAAUUAACGAUCCUCGGUUGAGAAAUCCGAUGGAGAAUUUCACGUAUGCCACGGUGAGAGGCUCUGCCGUCGACAUGUAUUUCCGUCGUCAAGUGGAACUGUCCAACAUGUAUCGAACUAUGGAAGGCAACAAUUAUCCGACAGCUGAGGAAGCUAUUGAAGCCGUGAAAGAAGGGAAAUUAAAAGCCUUUAUCUGGGAUAGCUCGAGAUUAGAAUUUGAAGCGGCCCAGGACUGUGAUCUCGUGACAGCUGGCGAAUUAUUUGGACGUUCUGGUUACGGUAUUGGACUCCGUAAGGGUUCUCCAUGGACAGACGUCAUCACACUAUCCGUCCUCGACUUUCACGAAAGAGGUUUCAUGGAGGAUCUUGACGAACGCUGGAUUAAAUUAGGCAGCGGUCAACAAUGCGAGCAUGAUGAAAAGACUCCUGCUACUUUAGGACUUAAAAACAUGGCUGGAGUGUUUAUACUAGUGGCUGCCGGAAUCGUCUGUGGAGUAGGUCUUAUUUUUAUCGAAAUCAUGUACAAACGGCAUCAAAUUCGGCGCCAAAGGCGAAUGGAAUUGGCCAGGCACGUUACGGAUAAGUGGCGCACAAUGGUUGAGAAACGCAAAAAUCUUCGGGCGGCACUUGAAAAUCAACGAUCGAGACUGAAAUCGAACGGGAAAGUGAAUGAUUCAAUGACUGCGACUAGGCGAACUGUUGGUAACAAGAUGGCCGGCUCGAAUAUCAGAACGGCUAAUAACACAGAAGAAAAUUUGGCCACGUUGAUGCCGGGCAACAUGAUGGAAAUGCAGUCAGCGCAGUAUCAUCCACCAGAUGGUGUCACGGGCUUAUUUUCAGCUAACCGCAGGAGCAAAUUGACUAGAGGAACGAGUGUUGACAUGACUGACCCUUUGCAACAACAACCUGCAGUGGUGUGUGGUAGACCUGGUCUAUACGUCGAUUUUUCCGUUUGAUAUGAUACAUUGAGCAUUGUUAUUUACGAAAUACAUUAUUGAUAUGUCCUACACCAGAUGCCACUGGUGUGUGUACGACAUGAUUUAUUCUGAUUCCAGGUAUUCGCAACAAAACGAAAUACAAAAAAAAAAAAGGUCUAGGGUUUAUUGAAAAUUUUAACUAAAAGGGACUAAAGGGACUUCAUGAAUUGUUCUACUUUUUAGGGGAACAGCUGUCUUGAAUGGAUGUAUCGAUCGUUCGUGACAGAAAAUUGGGAAUAGUAACAUAAAUACUCGUUGCUGGGUAGUAAUGCUGUAUUGCUUGUUCGUUUUACAGAUUGCAAUAUCUUACAAGUCCGUAUAGCUUUUGUUCGUGUAGAAAUGAUGUUUGAUUGUACGUCACGCUGUACUUGAACUCUGAAAGACCUAUAAAACGAUGUAAGUAAAUGUACGUGCGCAUUAAAGAGUAUUGCUGUUU